CUGUCUGCUUAUAUAGCGCCCGGCAGCUCAAACUGGCUCCGCGGACGAUUGGAAGAGCAGCAGUGCAGCUUCUCCACAACCAGCAUCUGAUUCUCUCCUCACCCAGGCCUUCAGCACCAUGGCACAGCAGGCGUUCCAGACAGCGGGGAAGAAGCCCGGCCUGGAGAUAUGGCGGGUGGAGAAGAUGGAUCUGGCUCCGGUUCCAAAGCAGCUCUACGGAGACUUCUUCACCGGGGACGCCUACGUCAUCCUCCACACCACUGCAGCUCCUUCUUACAACGUGCACUCAUGGAUUGGUGAGGAAGCCACCAAAGACGAGGCUGGAGCUGCUGCUAUUCUGAUCACUCAGCUGGACGAUCACCUUGGUGGCGGUCCGGUCCAAUUCAACGAGUUCCAAAACGAAGAGUCGCUCACUUUUCAGGGUUACUUCAAGUCUGGCAUCAAGUACAAGAAAGGUGGCGUAAACUCAGGCUUCAAGCAUGUCGUGACCAAUGACAUGAAUGUGAAGCGCCUGCUGCACCUCAAAGGCCGGCGUACAGUCAGAGCCACCGAGGUGGCCUUGUCCUGGGACAGCUUCAACAAGGGAGACUGCUUCAUCAUCGACCUGGGAAAGGUGAUCUACCAGUGGUCUGGCAGUGAGAGCAAUCGCUAUGAGCGUCUCAAGGCCACUCAGAUGGCCAAAGAUAUCCGUGACAAUGAGAGACAUGGCCGUGCUGAGGUGAACAUGAUUGAUGAGGGCGGUGAACCCGAGGCUGUCAUCAAGGAACUUGGUCCAAAGCCGAAUCUCCCUUCAGGAGACUGUGAUGUGGCUUAUGAGACGCCCAAGAAGAAUAAGGCAUCUCUGUAUCAGGUUUCUGAUGCUUCUGGAGACAUGUCAACAACUCUGGUGGCCGGUUCAAACCCAUUCAAACAAGACAUGCUCUCUCCCAGUGAAUGCUACGUCCUGGAUAAUGGAGACGACGGGAACAUAUUUGUUUGGAAAGGACCAAAGGCAAACACAACUGAGCGCAAAGAAGCAUGGACCAUUGCCCAAAAGUUCAUCAAAGAAAAGAAUUACUCUCCAAGAACAAAGGUCCAGGUCAUUCCUGCGGGGAGUGAGACCACUCUGUUCAAGCAGUUCUUUUUCAAAUGGCUGGAGGGAGCGGCCACAGGUCAGACCUACACUGUGGGUCGCAUCGCUAAAGUGGAGAAGAUUCCCUUCGAUGCCUCAAAACUCCAUGGCAACAACGCCAUGGCCGCCCAGCACGGCAUGGUGGAUGACGGCUCUGGGAAAGUCCAGAUCUGGCGUGUGGAAGGACGUGACAAGGCCCCUGUGGACCCGUCCAGCUAUGGGCAUUUCUAUGGAGGAGACUGUUAUCUGGUGCUGUAUUCAUACAACGAUGGAGGCAGGCAGAAGCACAUCAUCUACACCUGGCAAGGCCAGAAGUGCAGUCAGGAUGAACUGGCUGCUUCAGCUUUCCUCACAGUCAAACUGGACGAUUCGAUGGGAGGAGUGGCCACCCAGGUCCGGGUCACUCAGAACCGAGAGCCUCCUCACCUGGUGAGCCUGUUCAAGAACAAGCCUUUAAUCAUCUACCUGGGUGGGACGUCCCGCAAGGGUGGAGACAGCAAACCCGCCAGCACUCGUCUCUUCCAUAUCCGCCAGAGCUCCACCAAAGCAUUGCGGGCUGUUGAGGUGGAAGCCACGGCCUCCAGCCUGAACACCAACGACGUGUUUGUGCUCAAAUCGGCAAAUUCCCUGUUCGUGUGGAAGGGGAAGGGAGCAAGUCCGGAUGAGAUGACUGCCGCCAAGUACGUUGCCAGCCUGCUGGGUGGAACUGCCACAGAGGUGGAGGAAUCCAAGGAACCAGCUGGUUUCUGGACAGCACUGGGAGGGAAGAAAGAUUACCAGACCUCCAAGACCCUCCAGAAUGUAGUCAGACCACCAAGACUGUUUGGCUGUUCCAAUAAGACCGGUCGGCUCAUUGCAGAAGAGGUGCCAGGCGACUUCUCACAGAUUGAUUUGGCAACCGAUGACGUCAUGGUUCUGGACACGUGGGAUCAGGUCUUCGUUUGGAUUGGAAAAGAAGCGAAUGACACAGAAACGACUGGAGCGCCUCAAAUCGCCCAGGACUACGUGAAUUCAGACCCCUCUGGUCGCCGCGGCAUCCCCAUCACCACCAUCAAGCAGGGGCAGGAGCCGCCCUCCUUCACCGGCUGGUUCCAUGGUUGGGAUCCCAAGAUGUGGAACUAAGAACCUUUGGAACCCAUAGUUUCCGUCAGAAAAAAAAAAAAAAAAAAAAACUUUAGUGGGGAAAACAAA